AGAGAACCAAGGCUCUGGGGUGCCCGUGUCUGGCCCCAACCUGUCGACCACGCGGCCCAUCCAGCAGGACCUGGGCCGCCAGGACCCGCCGCUGGCCGAGGACAUCGACAACAUGAGGAACAACAAGCUGGCCACCGGAGAGGCGGCGGGGCCCCACAACAGCCUGGGCCCCCCGGGGCUUCCCCAGAGCCCGGCCAAGACGGGGACCAGCGCGGACCCCGGCCACAUGCCCAAUGCGCCCACCAUGGCCACCAACCCCCAGAACUCUGCCAGCCGCCGGACACCCAACAACCCGGGGAACCCCGCCAACCCCGGGCCCCCCAAGACCCCCGAGAACAGCCUUAUCGUCACCAACCCCAGCAGCACCCAGAGCAACUCAGCCAAGACUGCCAGGAAGCCCGACCACACCGCAGUGGACAUGGCCCCCGCCUGCCCGCCGCCCCUCGACCACACGGUAGUGCAAGUGAAUAAAAAUGCCAACCCAGACCCACUGCCAAAAAAAGAGGAGGAGAAGAAGGAGGAGGAGGAGGACGAUGCCGGUGAAGAUGGCCCCAAGCCCAUGCCGCCCUACAGCUCCAUGUUCAUCCUGUCCACCACCAACCCCCUCCGCCGCUUGUGCCAUUACAUCCUGAACCUGCGCUACUUCGAGAUGUGCAUCCUCAUGGUCAUCGCCAUGAGCAGCAUCGCGCUGGCCGCUGAGGACCCCGUGCAGCCCAACGCACCACGCAACAACGUGCUGCGGUACUUUGAUUAUGUUUUCACCGGAGUCUUUACCUUUGAGAUGGUCAUCAAGAUGAUCGACCUGGGGCUCGUCCUGCACCAGGGGGCCUACUUCCGCGACCUCUGGAACAUCCUGGACUUCAUAGUGGUCAGUGGGGCCCUGGUGGCCUUUGCCUUCAC